AUGGCAAAUUGCAAUGAGAGCAUGUUUAUUGACCGAGCAAUCUUGACUUCUCUCAACAUUGUUGUAGAUGACAUAAACUAUAGCCUAAUUGAUCAAUUCCCUGGAAAAUCUAUUUGUUAUAAAAGCUAUGAUUUAUUGCUCGGUGAUACAGGAAGUAUUUAUCCAACAGAGUUUUUAAAUACCCUUUCUCUUGGUGGUAUGAGUCCACAUGAAUUAGUGUUAAAGGAAAAUUGUCAUGUCAUUAUACUUAGGAAUCUUGCUCCUACAUCAAGUCUCUGCAAUGGUACUCGUAUGCUAUGUAAGCAUUUUUAUCCUAAUAUAAUUGAGUAUGCCAUAAUAACUAGCCAUCAUGUAGGAGAGCAUGUUUUCAUUCCACAAAUAGAUCUACGGCCAUCUGAAACACUUAAUUAUCCAUUCAAGUUUCAGAGAAGACAGUUUCCUAUUAAACUUAGUUUUUCUAUGACCAUCAAUAAGGCUCAAGGACAGACUCUGAUGUCACGGGUUUGGCUCUAUCUAAACAGUCCUUGUUUCUCACAUGGGCAGCUUUUUGUUGGCCUAUCCAUGGCUCAAACAUCGUUUUAUCUAAGCCAAUGA